AUUCACUCUCGACAAAAAUCAAAACCUUAAUUGAUUGAACAGGACUUCAAUCUUUCAUCUAUCAUGUUCUGUUCAAAUGUGUGUCGGUGCUCAUAGAAUGUGAUUCUUGUUCAUUUAUUUGUGACAAUUCAUUCUUUCAUUUGUAUUUUUCCCAUCUGUCCCAAUCUACAACUCCCCCUCUUUCCAUUCUCGAUCCUUGUUGGGUCACUUCAAAACUCUCUUAUAUUUUAGAGAUAGAUACAUUUUUGGAUUAUACAUACAUUACAAAUUAGCCAAUCCAAAAUGUACUAAUUGCCUUGAUUAGUUUCUCAAGCCAAUCCAAAAUGUACUAAUUACCUUGAUUAGUAUCUUCUGGUUUUAUUUAUUAAAUUUAAUUGAAGGGGUUGUUUAUUUAUUGUUUUUGUAAGGGGGUUUGGUUUAGGAGGUGAUGUUUUACAGUGGAAAGAUGCUUAAUUUCUUUGAUAGAAAAACUUUUCGCAAAAUUCUCAAGCGUAAAGAUAGUGAUGCUGGAGAAAGAGGUAAAGCAUUGGAGGAAAUACGAUCUUCCUUGUUCAGCAAAUUGCGACAUCAGCAGCAGGCCUUGGUUGGACCUGCUUUUGCUCUCUCAUUCAAUUUUGUGGUCUCCGUUAGUAUUAUAUUGAUGAAUAAAUUGGUGCUUGUCAGAGUUGGAUUCAACUAUCCGAUAUUUCUCACCUUUAUUCACUAUGUCUGUAGCUGGUUAUUAAUGGCCAUCCUUAAAGCUCUGUCCAUUCUUCCGGCUCCUCCACCAAAAUCGAGCAAAUACUCAUCAUUAUUGGCUCUUGGUGUAGUUAUGUCUCUUUCUACUGGCCUUGCUAAUGUUAGCUUGAAGUUUAAUAGUGUAGGAUUUUAUCAGAUGGCUAAAAUUGCAGUAACACCAGCAAUUGUUUUAGCUGAAUUUAUUGUUUUCCGGAAAAAGAUUUCAUUCCAAAAGGUGCUUGCGCUUGCUGUAGUAUCAAUUGGUGUUGCUGUUGCUACCGUAACAGAUUUGCAAUUCCAUUUCUUUGGUGCUUGUAUAGCAGUGGCAUGGAUCAUACCAAGUGCUGUAAACAAGAUUUUAUGGUCCAAUCUUCAACAGCAAGAUAACUGGAAUGCUCUUGCGUUAAUGUGGAAGACAACACCUAUUACUUUGUUUUUUCUUGUAAUUUUGAUGCCAUAUCUUGAUCCUCCAGGCGUUCUUUCCUUCGAUUGGAGUUUCAAUAACUCCUCCGUCAUUUUUGCUUCUGCUAUCCUUGGCUUUUUGCUUCAGUGGUCAGGUGCUCUAGCACUCGGGGAAACCUCUGCAGUUACCCAUGUUAUUCUAGGGCAGUUCAAAACUUGUGUUAUUCUUCUUGGAGGUUUUCUUCUGUUUGGUUCUAAUCCAGGGACGACUAGCAUAUGUGGAGCAACCGCAGCUCUUGGUGGUAUGUCUUUCUACACCCAUCUUAAUUUGCGUAAGCAACAGCAGUCCACCAAAGCUUCCUCUAGACAAGGAUCAUAUCUUUUACCUAGAUCUAAGCUCAGCAAAGAAAAUGGGGAGAACCAUGACCAUGUUGAUCAAGAUGAUUGUGUCUAAGCGGGCUCCGUAUAGGAACCAUGACCAUUUUGAUCAAGAUGAUUGUGUCUAAGCGGACUCCGUAUAGGCAUGUAGGAGAGGAUAUUUUACUAACCCCUGUACUGUUUUCCUAUUUAUUCAUGCAACAUUUUUUGAGUCUCACACCUUUUUAGCUCUUUAACUUGUGGUAGUAAGAUCCUUUUUAAAUAGUUUAAUUACUGACCCUGGAUUUCCAUCUUAAGUAGCUUUAUUUUAUUCACAGUUACGACAGAUGUAGGUUAUAUUCAUAAAGGUUGUAUCAUAUGAAUACGAGGGAUCUUUGUGCAAGAGCAGUUGGAAAUUUGAUAUUUAGAUCAGUUUUCAUUGUGA